AUGGUGUUGACCCGAACUACCGCAACGCAACAGGUGGCAGUCCUCUCAUUCUCGCCAUUCAACGUGGUCAUCCCGACUGGGCGUGCGGAGAUCUUGAACGUGCUGCUUGAGCAGCAAGCUCUUGCAGCAGCGGCUAGACGAAACGACAGGAUCAAAAUCAUCCCGAUUCUUCUCGCCCGGGGCGCCGACAUCAACUGCCAAGCUAGCCGCCUCCGCCCCUUAUGUCGCGCCGUAAACAGCCGCAAUCUGGAUAUGGUGAAAUUUCUCCUUGAAAACGGCACUUAUCCCAGCAUUGUUGACUCGGAUGGGGAAGGCCCUUUGUCGGAGGCUUCUGGAACGAACAACAUCCGACUACUUCUGUUUCUUGUUGAUCACGGCGUUGACAUGAGUCGGUGCGGCGGUGCGACGUUGUGGUGGGCGGUGCGUAACUUCAACCAAGAGAUGAUUCGUUUCUUGCUAGACUCAGGGGCCCCUAUGGCGUAUCAGCGUGAGGGAAUGUCUAUCCUCAGUUGUGCUUAUAUCGAGGGCAAUAAGGAGAUAAUUAAAAUCCUACGCGAGAGUCGACACUGA